AACAGGUCUCACGCUUCCUUCCUUUAAUUGGUUAGUUCCCUUGUCUGUUGACAAAAGGCGCAUGGUUUGUUUUCUUUCCGGUAGGAAGAAAUGGAUAAUGUUGCUGCGGUUCCGCAGUGUAAAAGCACUCCCUGGAAGUAUCAGUCGCCCCCAAUUAAAAUUCUUUCUCAUCAGUUGAAACGGUGUGAGUCCCGAAUUAAAAACAAUGCACAGAUUUCUUUUUGGUUUGACAGAAGCGUCCAGUGGGGAAAAUCUGCUUUAGACGUAACUGUAGUAUGGAUGCAGGGAACCAUUCACGAGAUUACAGGCGAGAAAAACACGACAGCGAAAAUCCAAGAUGAUAGUGGAAUGUUUACUGUUACCGGCGUAGAUUCCGUUCCAAAAGGCAAGCCCUUCUUGAUCAAAGGAAAAUACGUAAUGGUAAUGGGAGUUGUUCAGUCCUGCACUCCAGAGCCUGUCAUACGAGCUGUAAAAAUUACAGACCUUUCAGAAAAUCCCAUCCACAAGAAAGCUUGGCUACUUGAAGUAGAAGAUCUACAUCGGACUCUUCCUUGAACAACUUUGGCAAACAGCCAAAGGCCCGCAGCCAAUGUCGAAUUGUUGUUUAUUGGUUAACUUAGUUUCACUUUUCAACACGGUUCAUGUAAACUUACAAAGUGCUUUUGUAAGAAGCUGCAGUGUGUGAAUGACCAUGGACAUGGUUCAUAAACUCUCUUGCGACAUGAAUAUGAUUUUGUUGUACAACAGCUUUAGAUCUUUCUGGAAUAAUGGCAGCUAGCAGUUGGAUAGCAGUGGAAUAGACAAGAAUGUCACUUCUGGCAGUACAGUACAUACUGCAACUCAGAAAAUAAAUAGGGAAAAUGCUGAUUCGUUAAAGUUUAUAAUAUUCAAAAGACAGAUUUCCCACAGCUUUGUCUUUUAAAUGCCAAACCAAAGUAUUAUUUAACAGUGGUAACAGGUGUACAGGGUUUCACAACUGAAUGAGUAAACCUGAGUCUCAUAUUAUAUAGUACAUUUUAAAAUGCACAGUGCCAAAGUUGUACAGAUGGAAAACAUCAUAUAACCAGAUACAAAGCUGAAUUGUACAAGUGAGCUGUAAAGUGUUGGUAUGUAGGUUCAUAGGGAUUACAAGUUGUAGUAAAUGAGUGAACUGGACCUGGAGGGAUGCUUGCUGGUCAGCUUGAGUAAAUUAAGCACUGACCUUUGAUUUCUAUUGUGCACCUUAUGAUAACCCAUGUUACACAUAUGUUGCUUUACCUGUUUGUUUAAUCACUUCAUUUACCAGAGUUUGUCACAUGACAACAGACUGAUUUUUUUUUUCAUAAGCUACAAACAUUAUUUUUAGUAUAUGUAUUGCUCAAAGUUUUGUAUAUUUUCAGUAACUGUAUUUCAGUUUUUGUUAAUCUUAAAUAUUUAGGAGCCUAGAGGGCCUGGGUUAUGGCUGAAAAGGGUCCGUGGACCAGCCCUCCAGUCUAAUUAACAAAGAAAAUAAAUAAACAAAUAACACUUGGUAAUGUUUGAAAGAAGUAA